CCUGCGUCGGCGGUGUGCGCUACCUGGCUUUCCUUUAGGAGUUACUGCUGCAUUGACUCUGUUGUCCAACUGAUUUGUCACUCUCUUCUGCCGUUUCCAAGUAGUGAGCGGUGAUGGGUGCUCUAUUCUCAAAAUUGUUUGGCAAGAAGGAGAUUCGUGUAUUAAUGCUGGGUUUGGAUGCCGCAGGCAAAACAAGUAGGUGUGUAUGUGAACGACUAACUUCACAUGACUAGCUAUUCUCUACCGGCUCAAACUUGGUCAUGGCGUGACCACAAUCCCAACCGUUGGGUUUAAUGUGGAGACAGUGGUCUACAAAAAUGUCCGAUUUAACGUCUGGGAUGUUGGUGGGCAAGAGAAAAUUCGACCGUUAUGGCGUCACUACUACAUGGGCAGUCAGGGGCUGAUAUUUGUCGUGGACAGUGCUGAUCGUGACCGGAUUGAAGAGGCCAAACAAGAACUGCACCGGAUCGCGAAUGAUCGAGAAAUGCAAGAUGCUGUUAUCCUAGUCCUAGCUAACAAGCAGGACCUUCCCGAUGCUAUGCGACCUGAGGAGAUUCAAGAACGACUCAUGUUGACCACACUCCGGCGAGGACGACUGUGGUACGUGCAACCUUCAAUCGCAACCACUGGUGACGGUCUGUAUGAAGGGCUGGCUUGGUUAAAUGCUAAUUGCAGUUCCCGAUGAUUCACUACUACCUUCCACCACCCAGUUUCAGUGUUUACGAAUCUUCACACAAUCUGACCAAUCUUAGACUCGUCCAACGAUGUACACUUCCGGUUGAUUGGCGUCCCCUCCAGUGCCAACCCCUACCAAGUGCAUGCACUUUCUGUCCUUCUCUUAUACCAUAUAUCUACCACCAAUUAUUGCCAAAUACGGUCUAACAUUCAUUUGUGCAUAGCUCUAGCUAGGACUACAAUUCGAAACUUUGCUUGUGUGGUUAACACAUUAUCCUCGCGUCUGUGAUCUCAGCUGUCUAACGAUUAUUAACUGUUCCAGCAAAAAAUAUGAUCAACGCCGGUGUCCUUGGUUCUUACUGAUCUGUGCGCCAAUCGUCAUCGGUAUUUGUCCGUGAUAUGCAUCUCCUAUCCAUCCACUUCUGGGACGGUUACCGCAAUUUCCUUGUCAUGUUUUGAAUUUGUCUAGCCUCAAACUCUGGUUUACCCUAUUUCCCGGUCAAUUGUACAGCUAUUUAUCAUUCUCUCAGCGUCUUUAAAGUUCUGAUUACCUUGAAACUAAAAAGCUUCUGGAGUCCCGUAUGGUUUCAUAUUUAGUCCUAAUUCUCUGCCCCACUCGAAGUUCUUUUCCAACAAUGACAGCUGAUUUCAUGUCCCCGUUCAAUGUGCGCAACAUCUUCCUCUGACGGACUUGGGUCUCCUUUUACCUCGCAAUUCACACCCUGUCGUCGCUUUUGCCCCUUGCUGAGGUGAACUUCGUCAAUUCGCGUGCAGUUUAGUUUUUUUAUUGAUAGAACUCUUUUUGGCUGUUUUCGCAAUGGACUUGCCGUUUUACCCCUCACACGUAUGUCUGUUUGCCCAUCGACCACCGAGUUAUGCUCUUUCUCACUAUCCACUCCUCACUGUUCCACCUUAGUCAGAGAACGGUCCUAGGCUUGUCUCCCCAUCAUUCAUCGCUUCCCUGUUCUCCUUCUGUCCUUGCGAUGUUUGGUGCUGAUAUGUUUGGUAAAAUCAACUUGUUUUUUUCACGUUAUCCAUGCCACCUGCUUUGAAUAACCACC